ACGAACGGUUGUAUACUGUCGUGAUAGUACACCCGCCGCUCUCGCCCCCCUUCUAUGUGCGCGAGCUUUGUGUGUGCUCACGUCGCGCUUGCGCUGUGGAACCAGAAGAGCCAGAAGAAAAAGACGAGAGAGUGGAUUCGAUUUAAUAAAGCAAGGCAAGAGAUUUUGUGUCAAUAUCGUUUUGGUUCGACGAAAUGGAGAAGGCAGCGUAGGCAACAUGUAUUGGAAUAAGAAAACGAUGUGAAGAGCACAGAAUGUUUUUAUGACGGGACGCCGCAGGGAAGACGCCGAGCCCCCGUCAGUUUAUUUGGGGGAAAAUCGUUGGAGUGGUUCAAUUCCCUGAGUAACAGCUUGGAUGUAAAGGGGACGUUACAGUAAGACAUUCCAAAGAUGCCCAAGAGGUGGACCGCAGCAACGCCAUGCAGCUAUCUCCCUGUCGUCUUGUUGGUGAUCGUUCUGCCCAGGUGUAUACUGUCGAUCCGUGCUGACAAAACCAUCAGCAAGGAAGACCAUGUUACUGCUACGGUCAAUGCCACCGUACUUGACUCCAAAGGCAAUCCAAAGCAAAUUCUAACCAAGGACGAUGGCACCUACGGCCAGAAUUCACCGAAAGUGGACGCGAAAGGAAUCGUGAUUGGACCUGCACCGAAUCAUGGAGUGGUGGACCGCCAGGGCUGCGACCCCCACACUCGCUUCGUGGUGCCCCCCCGGACAGGGCACUGGGUGGCCCUGCUGCAGCGCGGCAACUGCACCUUCAAAGAGAAGAUCCUCAAGGCCUCCGCUUUCAACGCCUCCGCCGUACUCAUCUACAACAACAACUCCAAUGAGGACACCGUCAAGAUGGGCCAUGAAGGUACGGGUGACACUGUGGCGGUGAUGAUCACUGAGUCGUACGGCAAGGAGAUCCUGGGUCUGCUGGAGAGGAACCUGACGGUGCUGGUGAGUGUGGUGGUGGGCCAGCGUGGCCAGGCCAAGAAUAUCAACCGCGGCUCCCUGGUCUUCGUCUCCAUCUCCUUCAUCGUACUCAUGAUCAUCUCCUCUGCCUGGCUCAUCUUCUACUUCAUCCAGAAGAUACGCUUUACGAACGCACGUGACCGCAGCCAGCGUCGACUUGGAGAUGCAGCUAAGAAAGCCAUCGGGAAGCUGACAACCAGGACGGUGAAGAAAGGGGACAAGGAGACAGACCCGGACUUCAACCACUGCGCUGUGUGCAUCGAGGGUUACCAGCUCAACGACGUGGUCCGCAUCCUGCCCUGCAAACAUGUCUUCCAUAAGCUGUGUGUGGACCCCUGGCUGAACGAGCACUGUACCUGCCCCAUGUGUAAGCUGAACAUCCUCAAGGCUCUGGGCAUCAUGCCCAACCUGCCGUGCGUGGACAACGCCGGUUUUGACAUGGACCACAGGAUAGGGCGCAGCCAGACGAUGGCCAGCCAGCGGACGGCCUUGGUGGACCUGUCCAGUGAGACGUCCAUCAGCCUGGAGCCUCUGCACCGAGGCCCCCUCGGUACCGGACCCCAGAUCCCCUCCGAGAGCGGAGAACUCACCCCCCGCACCGGAGAGAUCAACAUCGCCGUCACCAAGGAGUGGUUUAUAAUCGCCAGCUUCGGCCUUCUCAGCGCUCUCACAUUGUUCUAUAUGAUCAUCAAGGCCACUGCCAGCUUCUCCAGCCCUGACCUGGAGUGGGAGGAGUAAUGACCAUCACGUGGUUGCCCCUCUAGACCCUUUCUCUGCCGGAGCCUCGUGGCAAUGUUGCCUUCUUGUGACAUAUUUUUCUGUAUUGUAUUUGUAAGCUUGUACUACUGGUACUUUUCUGUAUAGUUAGUAUUUUUUGUUGUUGUAAUAGGGCAAAGCGCUUUGAGACAUUAAACCACUGUGGAUCCCUCCUUUUGACUUGUUAUGUGAAUGUAAGUGUUGUAUUUGGUUGUCAUACAUUAUCAGGACCACAAUUUCCUAACAUUUCACCCAAAUGUCCUGACAUUUUUCAGGUCUUGAAUGUGUUACAAUGCUAUUUUAAGGUGAAGCGUUAGUGAAAAUCUGAAUUUUUAAUGGUCAAACAUUUUUACUCCAAAAAGUCCGGAAAUUUCACAAAAACUACAUUGUGUGUGUGUGUGUGCAUGCGUUACUAUAUUGAUUGAAUGACACCAAUUAUUCUUGUUCAUCUAAACCAGACACACACACACACCUCUCUACAGAAAGUUGAAUGUUCUUCUGUGCUCAUCCGUGACCAUGACUGAGUGUACAAAACAUCAGGAACACCUUAAUAUUAAGUUGCACCCCCUUUUACCCUCAGAACAGCCUCAAUUCCUCAGGGCAUGGACUCUACAAGGUGUCGAAAGUAUUCCACAGGGAUGCUGGCCCAUGUUGACUCCAAUGCUUCCCACAGUUGUGACAAAUUGGUUGAUUGUCCUUUGGGUGGUGGACCAUUCUUGAUACACAUAAGAAACUGUUGAGUGUGAAAAACCCAGCAGUGUUGCAGUUUUUGACACACUCAACCCGGUGCGCCUGGCACUUUCUACCAUACCCCUAUUCAAAGACACCUAAAUAUUUUGUCUUGCCCAUUCUCACCCUUUGAAUGGCACACAUACACAAUCCAUGUCUCAAUUGUCUCAAGGCUUGAAAAUCAUUCUAUAACCUGUCUCCUCCCCUUUAUCUACACUGGUUGAAGUGGAUUGAACAAGUGAUAUCAAUAAAGGAUCAUGUAUUUCACCUGGUCAGUCUGUGUCGCAGAAAGAGCAGGUGUUCCUAAUGUUUUGUCUGCUCAUUGUGUAUGCAAAACUAUCCCCAGUAGAUGGCACUAUUUCUUAGAUAUUACAUUACAUGUCUAACCUCACAUCAGAAUCGUCAGGGCACAAACCUUUUUACAUAACACUGCUUAGAUCUUAUUGAGGUAUCAAUGAUAUUGAUGAUUACUAUGAUUCAAAAGAUGUUCCGGGUGCUCUUCCACAUAUAACUCUCUUGGCUUGUGGUUCUAUAGCAGUUUGAGGAUCAUUGAGGAUUCACAAUGUCACAGUUUGACCUCACCAUGUCUUACACUCACACUUUUACUCAACUGCAAAUGUCCAUGAUGGUGUCCAAUCCCAGUGACUCUUGUAAUGAGGUUAAUUUACAGAUGCUAAGACUAAAGUAUGAAUAACACUACAUUUUUCUUUGUUGUUUGUUGGUGGUGCCAGGCAUAAUCUUCUCUAGAUACACUACUAUGUCAAAAGUAUGUGAACACCUGCUCAUCAAAUAUCUCAUUGCAAAAUCAUGGGCAUUAAUAUUGAGUUGGUCCCACCUUUUGCUGCCACAACAGCCUCUACUCUUCUGGGAAGGCUUUCCACUAGAUGUUGGACCAUUGCUGAGGGGACUUGCUUCCAUUCAGCCACAAAAGCAUUAGUGUGGUCGGGCAUUGAUGUUGGGCGAUUAGGCCAAGCUCGCAGUCUGCGUUCCAAUUCAUCCCAAAGGUGUUUGCCGGGGUUGAGGUAAGGGCUCUAAGCAGGAUAGUCAAGUUCUUCCACACCGAUCUCGACAAACCAUUUCUGUAUGGACCUCUUUGUGCACAGGGGCAUUGUCAUCCUGAAACAGGAAAGGGCCUUCUCCAAACGGUUGCCACAAAGUUGGAAGCACAUAUUAGUCUACAAUGUAUGCUAUAGCGUGAAGAUUUCCCUUCACUGGAACUAUGGUGCCUAGCCAGAACCAUAAAAAACAUCCGCAGACCAUUAUUCCUCCUCCACCAAACUUUACAGUUGGCAUUAUGCAUUCGGGCAGGUAGUGUUCUCCUGGCUUCCGCCAAACCGAGGGAACGCGUUUCCACUGCUCUAGGCUCCAAUCCCGGCGAGCUUUACACCACUACAGCCAACUCUUGGCAUUGCACAUGGUGAUCUUAGGCUUGUGUGCGGCUUCUCAGUCAUGGAAACCCAUUUCAUGAAGCUCCCAACUAAAAGUUAUUGUGCUGUCAUUGCUUCUAGAGGCAGUUUGGAACUCUAUAGUGAGUGUUGCAACCGAGGACAGACGAUUUUUGAAUGCUACGCACUUCAGUGGUCCUGUUCUGUGAACUGGUGUGGCCUACCACUUCGCGGCUAAGCCAUUGUUGCUCCUAGACGUUUCCACUUCACAAUAACAGCACUUGCAGUUGACCGGCACAGCUCCAGCAGGGCAGAGAUUUGACGAACUGACUUGCUGAAAAGGGUGGCAUCUUAUGACGGUGCCACGUUGAAUUCUACUGCCAAUGUUUGUCUAUGAAGAUUGAAUGAAUGUGUGCUCGAUUGUAAACACCUGUCAGCAAUGGGUGUGGCUGAAGUAGCCAAAUCCACUAAUUUGAAGGGGUGUCCAAGUACUUUUGGCCAUGUAGUGUAAGUAUCUUACUGGGAGGUGUGUAAUAUUUCUUGCUGUCACUGACAUUGACAUUUUCCCAUGUUCCUUUGCAGGUGGCCACUUCUUCAACCGGAACUCCUUGUCCCCGCGCAGUGUGGUCUGUGAGAUGGAGCUUCCCGACAUCCAGGCAUCGCUCGACCUCUACGAUGACAACAAGUCGUGAGGGUCGUCGCCGUGGUUUCGACUCCAGUCUAAGGGACGGAUGGCCUUGUACCUUCCUGCACACCGGCGAGCCUUUGUGUGGGAGGGUGACGGGAGGGUGACGGGCGGCUCAACAACUUAGACGACAACCUUGACUAACUUGUGGAACAUCAACAAUGACAUAACAUCAAAGACCUUCUUCCAAUGCAGAAUGUACUAUUAUUACCUGUCAAAAAGAAGAGGGGAAAUAGUCAUCCUCUCCUUUUGUUUUACACUUUCAUUUAGGAAAAAUGUUUUCUCCAGAGAGACUCUUUUUGAAAUUUGUUUCUAUAUUCUGUAAUGGGGAAUUAACCCUUUCUAGUCUUACUUUGCAGUAUCUCUCUGUAUCGUCCAUUUUGAAACGAGCUAGAAAAACAUUAACAACGGGUUUCAGUGUAGCCUACUGUCAGCAUCCUGCAAUACAUCUGUAAGCUAUAUAUGAUUAGCAAACCAUUUUAUUUUGCUUUCUUUGGAUCUUUAUUCGUGAAGGCAACAAUAGAAAGGCAUACUGUUUCUUCCCUGGUGGACCAGUUGGCUCUGUUGUAUUUACUAUGCUGCCUAAAAGGACAGUGGAGAGUACGUUUUGACUUGUGGGCUAUGUCCAGACAUACCCUGUCUCUUCCUCUAUAUGGCCAGUGACUGGUGCAAGAAUAAGGCCAGUGGAACAAUGGACAUGCAGCUAUGUGAAGUUAUAAACUCUGUGACAGGCAGUGUUUCUUCCCUGUAGCGAAACCAAUGUGUCUCUGUAUAAAAAUAUAUAUAUAAUAAUGACACUUUAACGUGUAUUUAAAAAAGCCUAUGAAAUACCCACAGCGUGUACUAAUCAGCCCCCAGUGAGGGGGACCUAAUGUGUAUGUGUGUGUAUGUAUGUAUGUAUGUAUGUAUAUGUAUAUAUAUACACACACACACACAAUCUAUAUACAAUCUAUAUCUCUAAAGUGGCCUCUAAAGCAGUUUGUUUUCCUUUCUCAAUCUUGUAAAUGCUUGGUGGAAGGCUUUGUCCUCUGUUCUUGUUGUCCCUUUGUGUUCUAGUCUUUGCAUCUGAUAUUUGGGAUGAUGAUUGAUGUGACACGGGGAGGGGAGUGUGUGUCACAGUUUCGGGUCACUGUGUUACAUACAGUACUGCCUCACCAUUAAAAGUGUCAUUAUUGCCUACGA